AGGACAGGGAGCAACCAAGAUAACAACGAAAAAGACGCAGACUAGGACUAGGAAGAGAAGCGGGUAGGAAUCUCGGGGGUUGAGUGAAAAGAAUAUUUGAAUUCUGAUGGAAGUGGGGGAAAGAAGAUUCUGUAGGACUCUGAAGAGAGGUGCACCGGGAAUGGAAGCCGAGGGGCUAGAGAGCAACUGAGGCCGGUUGCAGAGAGGCACAGAUGAGUUGGCAGGGAGCUCACUUCCCAGCAACGGGCUCCAGGCUGCGCGGAUCCCCCAGGGAUCCUAGGAAAGCCUCUUAACCCUACAUGUGGCCUCAUUCUUCUGGGGUCAGGCCUUGGGCUAACCCUUUAAUAGGAAAUGACCCAGAAAUCAUGGCUCGAUGGUGCCUAGAAGGGCUUCCCAGCAGCCCUACCAUUCCAUGGCGAGGACCGUGGAGAGUGGGCUCCCUAUACUGUGUACAGAGAGUCCUGAGCUUCAGGGACCGUAGACACUUAAGGAGGAAGGGGAACAUAGGUGACUGGAGACAAGAUCUAGAGGAUUCGUGUAACAGGGAGAUGUUACCACCAUCAGGUUUUUCUGGGCUGGUUCCUCCCUCCCACUUCCAAGCUCGGCCCCUUCCCACUCUGCCAAGAAUGGCUCCGACGUGGACUUCAGACGUCCCCUUGGUCCAAUCUCUGGCCAGCCAAGAUGUCUUAGAGAGACGGCUAGAUGCUCAGAGGUCGACAGUGACCAUGUGGGGACAGGAUUUCUGUGGAGAUGGGCAGGGGCUAGGACGGAGAGACAGGUCUCUGGAGCUGGGGGUCUCGGGUGCCCUGAGCCAGCAGGCUGAGCUGAUCUCGCGGCAGCUCCACGAGCUGCGGCGGCUGGAGGAGGAAGUCCGGUCCCUACGGGAGACCUCCCUGCAGCAGAAGAUGAGGUUAGAAACUCAGGCCAUGGAGCUGGAUGCUCUUGCAGUGGCCGAGAAGGCUGGGCAGACUGAGGCUGAGGGCCUGCGCACAGCCUUGGCCGGAGCGGAAAUGGUUCGGAAGAACCUGGAAGAGGCGAAGCAGAAGGAGCUGGAGGAGCUUCAGAGUCUGCACCAAGAGCAGCUGUCCUCCCUGACACAGGCUCACCAGAAGGCUCUUGACAGUCUGACCAACAAGGCUGAGGGCUUGGAGAAGUCUCUGAAUAGCCUGGAAAUGAAACGGGCAGGGGAAGCCAAGCAGCUGGCUAUGGCUGAGAAGGAGGCGGACCUGCUUAGGAAUCAGCUGAGUAAGAGCCAAGAAGAGCUGCAAGCUCAGGUGACCUUGGUCGAGAGUCUGCGGAAGUAUGUGGGGGAACAAGUCCCUCCUGAGGUUCCUAGCCAGACAUGGGAGCUGGAAAGAAAGGAGCUUCUAGACACCCUGCAGCACUUGAAGGAGGAGCGGGCUGACCUUCAGGCCACUGUGGAGUUACUGCAGGUACGAGUACAGAGCCUCACACACAUGCUCGCCCUGCAGGAAGAGGAGCUGACCAGGAAGAUUAAGCCUUUAGAUCCCUUGGAGCCUGAGUUUCCUAAGAAGUGCCGCUCGCUGCUGCGCAGCUGGCGGGAGAAGGUGUUUGCCCUCAUGGUGCAGCUCAAAGCCCAGGAACUGCAGCACAGGGACUCCACAACGCAGCUGAGGGACCAGGUAGCCGAGCUCCAGGAACAAGUGACCGCCCAAAGCCAGGAGCAGGCCAUCUUGCAGCGCGCCCUGCAAGACAAAACUGCACAGGUGGAGGUGGAGCGGAUGAGCACCAAGACCCUGCAGAUGGAGCUGAAUCAGGCUCUGGAGGCCAGGCGGAGGCAGGAACAGCAGACAGCCUCUGCUGAGGAGCAGCUGAAGUUCGUGGUCAGUGCUAUGAACAGCACUCAGGCCAAACUCCAGAGCACCAUGACCAGGGUGGAUCAGGCUGUAGCCCAGAUUCCCAGCCUCAGCAACCGACUCAGCUAUGCUGUCCGUAAGGUCCACACCAUUAAGGGUUUGAUGGCUCGAAAGCUGGCUCUUGCUCAGUUGCGCCUCGAGAGCUCUCCCCCAUCCGAAGCUGCACCCACACUGGACACAGACCUGAGCCUUGAGCUGGAGCAGCUGCGGGAAGAACGGAACCGCCUGGAUGCAGAGCUGCAGCUGAGUGCCCACCUGAUCCAGCAGGAGGUGGGCCGGGCGCGGGAGCAAGGGGAGGCCGAGCGCCGGCAGCUGACCGAGGUGGCCCAGCAGCUGGAGCAGGAGCUGCAGCGUGCCCAGGAAUCCCUGGCUAGCGUUGGGCAGCAGCUGGAGGCUGCGCGUCAGGGCCAGCAGGAGAGCACAGAGGAAGCUGCCAGCCUCCGUCAGGAGCUGACGCAGCAGCAGGAGAUCUACGGGCAAGCUCUGCAAGAGAAGGUGGCUGAGGUGGAGACUCGGCUUCGGGAACAGCUCUCAGAUACAAAGAGGAGGCUGAACGAGGCCCGGAGGGAGCAGGCCAAGGCUGUGGUUUCCUUGCGCCAGAUCCAGCACAAAGCCACUCGGGAAAAGGAGCGCAAUCAGGAGCUGAGGCGCCUGCAGGACGAGGCCCGGAAGGAAGAGGGGCAGCGGCUGGCCCGGCGCGUGCAGGAGCUGGAGAGGGACAAGAACCUCAUGCUGGCCACCUUGAAGCAGGAGGGUCUCCUCUUCCGUUACAAGCAGCAGCGCCUGUUAGCAGUGCUUCCCUCCGGAGUGAAUAAGUACAGCCCCCAGUCUGUGGAGUCCCCAUCGCCUGAGUCUCCAGCAGCUUCACCGCGCAAGGAGUCUAUGAAAGGCUCCCUGACUGUCCUGCUUGAUAACCUGCAAGGCCUGAGCGAGGCCAUUUCCAGAGACGAAGCUAUUUAUCUGGAAGAUAACCAGAACACCAAGAACCCUCCUUCAGGUCCGCUGCUGAGCCGGAGCUGCCAGGAAAAGAAGUGACGUCAGCCUGGAUCUGGAUCCCCAGGAGGGUUGAAUGGGAGGACAGGGGGUGGAGCCAGCCUAGCCCUGCUCCCCAGCAGACCUUGGGACCCUAGCUUCCACCAAGUUCAAACUCUGCAAUGAAUAAAGAUGGCUAUAGUGGA